AUGGACCUUUCACACUACCUCUUCUUGUGCUUAGUAUUUGUCCCUCUGUGGAUCGUGCUGUUUUAUCUUGUUCCUUAUUUCACGACAUACAACCACCUCCGCCAUAUUCCCGGUCCUUUCAUAGCGAAAUUUAGCAACGUAUGGUUAGCUCUCCACUCCCGCAAAGGUCAAAAAUACGUUGCCAUCCAUGAGGCACAUCAGAAAUAUGGCACGCUCGUUAGAGUAGGCUACAAUCACGUCUCCAUCGCCAACGAACGCGGCCUUCAAGUGGUAUAUGCCCACGGCAAUGGUUUCCUCAAAGACCAUUUCUACGAAGCUUUCGUGAGUGGUGUACCUGGAGUUUUCAACACCAGAGAUCGCGUACAGCAUACCCGUAAGCGCAAAAUCGUUGCGCAUGCGUUCUCGCCGGGUGCUGUUGUUGCGUUUGAGUCGCAUAUGGCUAAGAACCUCGAGCGCUGGGUGAAGCAAUUGGAUGAGAUUGCCGCCACAGGAGUUGAGAACAGUUUGGCACGGGUCAACAUGAUGCCCUGGUGCACAUACAUCGCGUUCGACAUCAUCGGAGACUUGGCCUUCGGAGCUCCGUUUGGAAUGGUCGAGAAAGGUCGUGAUGAAUGUGAAUCGCAGGAGCCAGGAGGUACUGUCAUCCUCACUCGCGGCGCAGAGACUUUGAAUCGGAGAGGCGAAGUCUCGUCGACGUUGGGAUGGCUACCCUCGCUGCGGCCCUUCGCAAAAUAUCUUCCAGAUCCUUUCUUCACCAAAGGCAUGCAGUCGGUCAAGAACUUGCAUGGAAUCGCGUGCAUGGCAGUAUCAAAGCGUCUCGAUGCCACCGGAAAGCAAGAGGGCCAGCGCCACGACAUCCUCGCUAUGCUGCUUAAAAGCAAGGGCUCUGAUGGAAUGCCCAUGCAGCGCGACGAGCUGAUUUCAGAAGCCCUUACGCAGCUGAUCGCAGGCAGCGACACCGUGUCCAACACCUCAUGCGCAAUAAUAUACUGGAUCCUAGCCGGCGAGCGAGACGCGCCAGGUACGAUUCUGCCUCGCCUACAGCAAGAAUUGGAUGCUGCGAUUCCCGACACAGAUGCUAUAGCAACUCAUGCCCAAGUCAAGAACCUGCCAUACCUGCGCCGCUGUAUUGAUGAGGGGAUGCGCUUGCACUCGACUUCUGCAUUGGGCCUUCCGAGAAUUGUGACAUCAGCAUCUGGUGUGUGGUUUGACGAUAAGCGUUUCCCCGUCGGAACGGUGUUGAGUGUGCCCAGCUAUACCGUUCACCACGAUGCGACCAUCUGGGGUCCUGAUGUUGCAUCGUUCAACCCAGACCGAUUUGUUCCCGAGCGUCUCACCAGCAGGCAGAAGAUGGCAUUCAAUCCUUUCAGUUAUGGGCCUAGGGCUUGCGUAGGACAGAAUGUGGCACUGAUGGAGUUAGCAUUGAUCGUGGGGACGCUCUUCAGACGUUAUGAUCUUGUGUUGGAGCAGAAGGUAUUGGAGUGCACUGAAGGGUUCUCGAAGAAACCAGUGGAAUGUUGGGUUCGGAUCAAGCAGAGAGUGUGA